UCUCCUGCAAUGGCAUCUGCUGUUGUAAUAGGAGCCUUAUUCCAUAGUCUGUUGUUUACAAUGGGUUUCAGACUUCGGCGAGGUUGUAGUUGACUCAUGAGGGAUGAUGCGAAAAGUCUGAUAAUUUGGGAAACAGGUCUUUGUAACUCAGGAACAAAUUUUCCCUCUUUUCCGUCUUACCCAGAACGUGCGAUCGUCAUUAAUGGAUGAUAACCUGGAGGUUAAUAGCUGGAUUGGCGUUGUCAUCUCCAUCGUUGGCAAUGUUUUAAUAUCAGUGGCUCUUAAUGUCCAGAAACUUGCGCAUAACAAAAUUCAGAAUGAAUAUACUGCUAUAGCAUUGGAUGGAAAUGACUCUGUGGAUGACCCAAGUGGGCAAGUCUUCUUUCCAGACGAUGGAUAUCCAACACCUCGAAAUUCUGAAGACUCGUUAACCCAAGAUGGGUUUCAAGACCCUACCCAAGUUAUUGAAGCAACGAUGAAAGGGAGUUCUUCGAACCGUACUCAAUCCAACAAUUAUCUCCAUAACCCGUUAUGGUGGCUGGGCAUCAUCUUAAUGAUAUUCGGCGAAUUGGGCAAUUUCAUUGCAUAUGGAUUUGCUCCUGCAUCUACGAUUGCACCUCUUGGAACCACCACUUUGAUAUCCAAUGUCGUUAUGGCUCCGCUCAUUUUGCGAGAAAAAUUCCGCCUGCAAGGCCUUGUGGGUGUUCUUUUUGCCGUGUUUGGAGCGUCCAUCGUAGUCUUCAGUUCCAAGAGCGAAGAAGUUGCGCUCUCACCGGAAUUGAUUGUGGAAGCUUUGACCCAAAUACGUGCGAUAGUCUAUUUCGCCAUCACUGGUGCUGCCAUUAUCGCUUUGACUAUACUAUCACCUCGCUAUGGUGCUCAAAGCAUUACAAUCGACCUUGGUCUGGUUGCAAUCUAUGGUGGCUACACUGUACUAGCUACGAAGAGUAUCUCCUCUUUGUUAAGCAUGUCUUUUACCAAGAUGUUCACCUUUUCUGUAUCAUAUCUACUGGUGUUUGUAUUAGUUUUCACGGCUAUCAUUCAAAUCAAAUACUUGAACCGAGCACUUCAGCGCUUUGAUUCCACUGAGGUUAUUCCUACACAAUUUGUGCUUUUCACCAUCUCCGCUAUCAUAGGUAGUGCUGUUCUGUAUCACGAUUUUGAUAACCUGGAGCCUCACCAGAUGCUUUCAUUCGUCAUUGGGUGCGCUAUCGAGUUCUUUGGCGUUUUAAUGAUUACAUCUAGCCGACAAAAGCGACCAGAGUCACUGUCCAUUCAGGCAGAUAGUACCCUUGAUAACUAUUUAUUGAACCAAGACGCUGCCGUGCGUGGAUUUCAGACCGAAACUUCCAACCCGUCUGACGAGAUUGAUCCCAACAAGAUUUAUCCUAUGCCAAGUUCACCUAUUCAUUCGUCGUUCCCAUCGUUUCAACCUGUUCUCUCACGUGUUGCCGAAGAUGACUUUGCAGAGCGGGAGAAUGAGAAUAAUGUAUACGAGGUUUCUGAACAUGCUACUCAGCCGGAACGGCAACCAGAACCAUCUGUUAGCAAGACACUGCAAAAGUCACUUUCUAUGCCAUGGCAUUUUGAUGACUGGCAAGCUGCAUUCAAUCAAAAUGUUCAGGGUACAUCAAAACGUUCAAACAAAGCUGGUCAGCAUAAGCGUCGAAGCUCGUUAUUUGCGGGUAUCUCGCUUACAUCUCAACUUGUUGAACGCAUGAACGAGGAUACUAUUACUAAAAGCAACCAACCCAUUCGGUUGACGAAUUCCACCAGCACGCCUAAUACAUCUUUGCAUAGAAGGACUGGAAGUCAUUUAGUCUCAAUGUUCAACGGCUUGACCAAUUUACAGUCAGAUAGCGGCAGAUCGCAUGCCACUGCAGAAGAUGCCGUUGCCAUCAAUAUACCCACAUUGUUCUCCAUUGCCAAAACCGACAAACCUCACAGAGGCGGUACGACCUCGGAUCAUCCAUAGCUAGAUUAUGAAAAGCGUCACACCGGGAAUGAUCGACUGUUUUAUUAGCGAACUUCUUUGAUGUCUGAUUCAUCAUUUUUCCAUCUCACACCUGAAUGCUGUAUUGUCUAUUCGAAUGACCGUUCACACUAACGGUGGCCAAUCAUUUACUGCAACAUACCUAUGAAUCUAUCGAUCUAAACGCGAUUUUCAAUUUUUCGAUACCCUUUUAAGCUAUGGAACUAAAAUCAUAGCUAUUUUUGCAAAAAUUGCAGAAACAUCUCAAUAA